AUGGUAAGGGGCUUUGUAGUCAUCUUGUUCUUGGUUCUCCUUUGCGCACAGAAUUUCCAGGCCAAGUCCACAAAGAAAUAUGAAUACAUUAACCUCCUGUCCAGUAACGACUACACGGACAAAAUAAGAGAACUGAAGAAAUAUAGCAUACAAGAUAAAAAUGCGCCAAUUAAAAAUAAAUAUGUUUUCUCCUGUUAUGGAAGUUCAGGAUACCAUAAAAGAAAAUUUCUGGAAAAUUUAUUCAACAUAUCGGCUGAAAGAAACAAUUUGAUUAACUUAGGAUUUAAACAGAAAAUUGACGUGUGGUUUGGGAAGGACCAAAAUAACAACUUGAACGUGGUGUUGGAUGUGGACUUGUUACAGAACAAGGAAUUUUACGAGGAUACUGUUACCACCAUAUAUGAUUUUGGAAAAUUAAUCAAUUUCAUUGUUGAGUCGACCAAUAGCGUCAUUGUGCCAUUGGCUAGUGAGGACAUACACUACAGCCAAGUCCACAACAGUGGGAAGCAGGAGAAGGCCACGGAAAAGAAAAACGAUUAUGUAAAGGAUAGGACACAAGAAGAACAACAGAAAAAAAUAGUUACCUUUGCUUUACCAAAGAAGGUGGAAAUAUUUUUAAAGCAACUGAAUGAGAAGGGAAAAAAUGUACAUGUCUAUUUUGUGUUAAUAAAUGGAGAAUCGAGUUGGAGGAAAAAAAAAAUAAACUUGGAAAAAGAUAUAUCGUAUGAACAUUUCACCAAGGAGUUAAAAGAAAGAUAUCCUAAUUUGAAGAAUAUUCACUUAAUGAAGCAAAACAAAGUUGGCAUUUCCCUUUUGCAAAAAAACAACAUAAAUAAGUACACCUUCUUCGUGAAUAAACUAACAAAUCUGAUAAAAGACAUGAGAAAUUUUGAAAAUUUCUGCGCCUUCAACGAGAAGUGUGUGUACAAUAUUUACGUAAUUGAAGAGUCAUACAACAAGACGCUAAAAUAUUUUGAUGAAAUAAUUAACGAGUACGAAAAGGAAAUAACUCAGGGCAAGGUUAUUCAAAAUUAUGGUAAGAUUUCUUCCGACUUGAUAAAAAAUUUGCUUUUCUUUUUUCACAUGUUAACUUUUGAACAAACGGGCACCAAAUUUAAAGACACUAUUUUCGAAAAAUUGCAGCAGCGAUUUUUAUCAUUAAUACGUAAACAAAUAGUUAAGCAGAUCGUCCUGAUUGAAAAAGAAAUUAUAAAAAAAGGGAAAGAUGCCAUUUUAAAUGAACAACUUGGUAAGAGGGACAAGGAUAUACUCGGGAGAAAAGACGACAAAAUUGAAGAAUUAAAAAAAUCGCUAGUUAAGACAUUUAAGGAUGAAGUUAAUAAGUUAAUUCCAGCCGGAUAUUUUAAUCAAGAAAAUGACAUUUUUAGCAACUCCAUGAUUACAGAAUUUGAAGAAGAGUUUGGUGAAAAGGUUGAACAGGCCCUACAUAAUUAUUUCCAACUGAAUCAGAGCCCUUUAAAGAAAUUAUUUCAGAAGAAAAAAAUGGCACAAGAAGGACUCUCCAAGAGGAACAAGUGGUUUAAUCCGUCGCUUAAUUUUAACUUAACCCUGACUUCACUCGUUAGAAAAAGUGGAUACGGAAAUUUGCAGAGUUACUUUAUUUACGACUUGGGCAUGCUGACAUUCGUCUUUGGGUUGCUCAAUGAUAGGGACUCCCCCGAGGUGCAGCAACAGGGCGAUAAGGUACCCUUCUUCAAGUUUCAGCCCAAGAUCAACCUCAAGCUGAAUUUUAGUUAA